AUGGAAUCCAAGCAAGAGGAUUGCAUCGCAAAGUUCCAGGGUCACUUUGCGUAUGAAGCAUGGAAUCAGGCAUUAGCGUGGACACCCGAUGGCAAACAGCUUCUUUCGGCUGGUACUCAUGUUGUCCACCAUAAGGAUCUGGGAUUCGUCGACCUGGAAGCAGAUAUCGCCGCCGAUGACAAUGACUACAAGUCUCAUGCGAAUCGUUCGUUUGUCAAGGCAAGAAAUUCAGACUGGGACCACGCACUUGAUGACGCGCUCAAAAGCAUCAGUAUCAAGCCAUCCUUGAUGGGCUGUAUAUCCAAGGGCAUCGCCCACUGUGGAAAAAAACAGUUCCGGGACGCGAUGAAAGCAUUUGACAUCGCGUUCAUGCACGUGGAUGCAGACUUGAAUAAAACUCGUCUUCUACUCUUGAUUAAGGCCAUCGCCCUUUUCAAUGCAAAUCAACAUGACGAGGCGAUUCUGCGCGUCCAAGAGCUAGCUACCACUCGUCCUAAUCCAAAUUCUCUUGCCUGUGGUGUCGUGGAAGCUUAUCUACACGUCCAACUGGGAAAGAAUGCAUCACAUGACGCACGUCACAACGAGGCGGCUGGCCACUUCACUGCUGCUGUCAACACUAUUGAUUUCUCGUCUGUGUCGGCCAUCCACUCUAGAUACGAUGUCUUCGUGGUGUUAUUUGGGUGGGAUCUGCGGUCUUUGUGGCGAAAUGCACAUCAGAAUUGGUGCGAUGCGCUCCUUCGGGCAGGUAGACUUCCAGAAGCCAUCAAAGCAUACCGAUACAUGAUGGAUAGGGCUGAUGAGGCUACAAAAGCACGCUGCCUUGAUUGGUCCACUGGCGAGUCUUCUCGAUAUUGCAAUGUUGUCUAUGCUGCUGAUGGAGUGACUGACCUCGCUGUGGGCGGAGAUGAAGCCCUCGCUGCGGGUAAUUACGACAAGGCUAUCGAGCUUUACUCCGCAGCGAUCGAUCUCGACUUUGCAACCCAUACCACCUUUGCAAACCGCAGUAAAGCGAGGUCGGGAAAAAUGCUAUGGAACGAUGCACUCCUCGAUGCGGAAAAGGUCAUUGAACUCGACCCUUCAUCUUACUUUGGAUAUCAGUUGAAGCAUGCGGUGCUUCAUGGCGCACAUAGAUAUGAUGAAGCCAUCGAGGCGCUCUCAACCAUGCUCUCCAAGUUGGAAAGUGCUCCCGAUACAGAAACAAGAAUCCAUCCGAAGCAGAACAUGCUAUUGAAGACAGCAUUAAGGUCAGCUCGACAACACCCCGCACCGUCUAAUCAACACCUCCACUGGGCGCUUAUGCAACCGCGAGGCACAGAUCAAUGCCUUCAGAACAAGCACAGUGUACAAAGAACUUUUGUCAUCCACCACGAAACAUCCGGACUUUCAAAUGGAGCGCAUCAAGAUGUGGUGUCGACGUACUUCCGUUAUGUCAUGCUAUCGCAUAGGUGGGAAGUGACGGAGCCAUCACUGCAUGACAUCCAGAACAAGGUGGUGUACGACUUGGAUCCAAUCGGUGGCAUCGCAAAGUUGCAGUCAUUCUGUAGAACUGCUCGUGAUAAAGGGUAUUGUUGGGCAUGGAUUGAUACCUGUUGCAUCGACCAGACUAACAACGUCGAGGUCCAACAAUCGGUCAACUCCAUGUUUCUGGUAUCGCCACUCAGCACUACCAUCAUCUACCUGUCGGAUGUUCCACUUCGUCGCAGUCUGGCACUCGCAGCAGCGCUUGGAAUACGCGAGGAUGGACAGUUCAAGAAUUCUGGCUUCAAUGUUUGUACUCUUUUACCAGAAGGAUUGGUCGUUGAGAUGGGAGAUGUGACGGGAAUAGAUGCACGAACCCUUGUUGCCUUCCGUCCGGGGAUGAGAAACGCCCGGGAGAAACUCCAAUGGGUGUCAGCGCGUGUUACCACGUGGCCGGAAGAUAUUGCAUACUCAUUGUUUGGUAUCUUCGGCGUCAACCUACCUGUCAUUUAUGGCGAGAAGAAGCAAAAGGCGCUCGGGAGGCUCUUGCAGGAGGUCAUAGCUCAGUCGGGCGACAUCAGUGCCCUGGACUGGGUGGGGAAUCAUCUGAAUUCAAUAGCUGUCUACCAGCCGACAUUACUUCAUACAAAGCACCACCACUUCGGUCUCUUUACUGCGAAACACCGAGGCUAUGGAAUCAGCUUCAAAGCUUUAUACCCUUCUCGAUCAGAUGAACGCUCCUCGUUUCGCGAACUGCAGACUGCAUCUGCCUUGCAUAGCAUUUCGUGUCACGGCAGUGAAACGGAGUCAUACUCAGACCAAGAUUCACACAGCACGUAUCAGGUCAAGGCAGACGGUCUUCACGACCUGUCAAUCACCACGGAGGACAAACUUAUUCCAUCUUCGUGGACAUUUUCCACACGGCAGACGUUCUUACUCGUCCGUCCAUGGGAUCGUGAUCUCCUCGAGCUGCCUGAUUUUGCGGAGCUGUUAGGCUUGGCAGCUAGGCUGCCUGACAUUGGAGACGACACGCAGAGCGAGGAAUCCUAUUGGUCUGCGCCUGGGUCUCCAUUGCAGGAUUCACCUGGCGGGUCCCUUGAAGCAGAGAAGCCGGUUGAUUUGGAAUCGGGCGAGCGAGCGUUGCGAUUGAUCGUUCGCCUUGGACAGCGUUUUAGUGCAUUUUUGCUAGCGCAGCAGCGUGGGGGAGAAUACAGAGAGUCGCAUCAGAUCGUGCCAUCAUUGCACAAGUUGACGACACGGCUUUUGCUCAGGACAUGGUGGACGUCAAGAUACUCGAGAUAUUGUAGCUAG